GGAUCGAUGUUGUUGAUAACUACCAUAUAUUAGCAACCCGCAGAAAACCUCCUUUCAUGGCGUCUCUCGCUUUCGGCUCCUGUCUUUGUCUGUUCGGUGGCGACGGAGGCGGUGGGAAUUACGCCUCUGUUGCAAACAAGUUAUCGGAAAAGGUGAGGUUUAAUCGGAGUCAGGUCGGUUGUGGUUCGUCUCUGGAAGAGAAGAGUCGUGUUCUGAGAAUUGGUAUACUUUGUGGAGCUCCAUCAGCGGAUCAUGGAAUUUCUCUGAAUUCUGCAUUUCUGCUAGAUCAGUUCUUGAUUACAUUCAGGCCAUUGUCGAGAAGAGAGUAUGACGGGGAAGCUGAUGUUGAAGCAGAGGAUCAAAUUCUUGAUGAUGGCACUAACCAUCAGCUGCACUGCAAUAGGAAGUCAAUAGAAAAAGCUUCUGUGUCUUUGGAUGGAAUAUGGAUAGACUGGAUUUUGGAAUAUGUAUGUUCAUACUUCCUGUCUUCUCCUCUUUUGCACACCUCCUUUCUGUGUCUUCAACUUGGCUGCCUUCAAUUUAUUGAUAAUGACACUGGCGGAAGGCCCUGGGAUCAGCUUUUCUCAUUCUUUGCGUGUGGUCAUGGGCUGAAGAAUGCAAAUGAGGAUGUUAUUCAAUUUGUCAAUAAAUAACAUGUGCUUCGGAAAACCUGCCAUUGCAGAGAUUGUGCACAAUGGCCUUUUUUUGUUGUUGGCGCUUUCUUGCUCAGGAAGUUUGAAUUUCUAUCAGGUUGUGGAAGACAGGUUCUGCAAAAAGCAGAGAGAAGAAAAUAGCCAAAUCCCACUGAACAAAGAUGGCACAGUUCC